CCCCAGACUCCUGGUCACGAACUACAGCACUAGGUCUCCGGGACUUCCUCCCUAGCUGGAGAGCUCUCCUGCCGUGGUGAGGCCCUCCUGCCCCCGAUCCUGGCCGGCCAUGGGGAGCACCCUGGGCUGCCACCGCUCCAUCCCCAGGGACCCCUCGGACCUGUCCCACAGCCGAAAGUUCAGCGCAGCCUGCAACUUCAGCAACAUCCUGGUGAAUCAGGAGCGGCUCAACAUCAACACUGCCACGGAGGAGGAGCUGAUGACCCUGCCUGGGGUGACGCGUGCUGUGGCACGCAGCAUCGUGGAGUACCGAGAGUACAUCGGGGGCUUCAAGAAGGUGGAGGACCUCGCGCUGGUCAGUGGCGUGGGCGCCACGAAGCUGGAGCAGGUCAAGUUUGAGAUCUGCGUGAGCAGCAAGGGCAACUCUGCACAGCACUCUCCCAGCUCCCUGCGGCGGGACCUGCUGGUGGAGCAGCAGCCUCACCACCUGGCCACCGUACCCCUCACCCCACGUGUCAACAUCAACACUGCCACGCCGGCUCAGCUCUUGAGCGUGCGCGGCCUCACCGAGAAGAUGGCCCUCGGCAUCGUGGACUACCGCCGGGAGCAUGGUCCCUUUCGCAGCGUGGAGGACCUGGUGAGGAUGGAUGGUAUCAGUGCUGCCUUCCUGGACAGGAUACGGCACCAGGUGUUUGCAGAGCGGUCCAGGCCCCCGUCCACCCACACCAACGGGGGCCUGAUGUUCACUGCCAAGCCUCACCCCAGCCCCACCUCGCUGAGCCUGCAGAGCGAGGACCUGGACCUGCCGCCAGGGGGGCCCACGCAGAUUAUCUCCACUAGGCCGUCGGUGGAGGCCUUUGGAGGCACCAGAGAUGGGCGCCCCGUGCUGAGGCUGGCCACCUGGAACUUGCAGGGCUGCUCAGUGGAGAAGGCCAACAACCCGGGGGUGCGUGAGGUGGUGUGCAUGACGCUCCUGGAAAAUAGGUGA